UAGCUCACUUCCUUCCCGCGAAAGAAAGAAAGCGGGUAAAUUUGUCAGUGAUAACUGCAUUGACAUUACAAACUUUGGUUUGUUUCCCCAGUUAGAUUAUCGGUGAUUAUUGAUCUAACCUGCCGUCUGACCCACAAUGAGAACUUUAGAGGAGGUGCAGGCCACUCUCCAUAUCGCCAAGCUGAAAGAAGAGGAUUUACAGAAAACCGUCCACUGUCUGUCCUUUGGGCAAAAUGUUUCAUCUGCAGAUUACUGCCUGAUGGAGCUCGACGACACACUGUGCAAACACAUCGAAGCUGGCCAGAGUCUAGUGAUUCGGGGAGAUAAAGACGAGCACGCAGUGGUUUGUAGUGGUGACAAGACCUACAGUUUAAAAAUAGCUGACACAUCCAACCUACUGCUGUUUGUUCCUGGAUGCAAAACACCGGACCAACUGACCAACAGCGAGGACAGUGCUCAUGUGGUGCAUGCUCAGAUCUGGGGGUUUUCUAACAGCUACUGGGAACUAAGGAAACAGCGACCAAGACUGAAGAAGCUGAAGAGGCUUUUAAUGGAAAAUCCUUAUGAAGGACCUGCAUUAGGAGGGCAACUGGAAAAUACAGAGAACAGGUACACAAUGCAGGAUCUACUAGAGACGAUUCAGGCCAGUGAAGAGGAGAUAAGGACCCACUUAGAGACUAUCCAUGCCUGUCAGAUAGAUGGCUACUGGCGCGUGCUGGACUUUGACUAUGAGAUGAAGCUGCUUGGCCAUGUGGCUCAGCUGGUGGACUCUGAGUCUUGGUCCUUCAACAGGGUUCCUCUUCAAACCAGCCUGGAUGAGCUGGCCCCACUGGAGCCCAGAGAGAUGAUCGAGCACUGUUUGAACUGCUAUGGGAAACGCUAUACUGAGAACGAUGAAGUGUUUUAUGCGCUGAAUGAGGAUAAAGUCUGUCGGGGUAUAGCACUAAUGCUGCUGCACAAUGCUGUCAAGUUCAACCUGAAGGAGUUUCAGGAGGUCUGGCAGCAGAGCGUCCCAGAGGCCAUGAGUACAAGACUGGACCAGCUAAAGGGCAUCGCCCUGUUGGACCGCACCUCCCGCCCCGAGACCAUCUGCCUGCUUCGUGUGGAGGAUCUUCCAGAGGACACGGUGGAGCGCUUCAACCACCUCUUCACACUCCGCGAGAAAUGGACAGAGGAGGACAUCACGCCAUACAUACAAGACCUGUGUGGAGAGAAACAGACCACCGGAGCCCUCCUGACCAAAUAUGCUCGGUCUUCGAUGCAAAAUGGGAUUAAAGUUUUCAACUCCAGAAGGCCCGUGGCUACAUGAGCACGCCUACUGUAAAGUUAAUUGUCAUUUGCAUGUUAAUUGUCAUUCAUUUAUAUGUAUGUUUGUUUCCAAUAUGACUUCUUCAGCGUUCUGUCAAAAUCAGUUUAUUAGAAAUGCCUGUUGGCAAAUCUUGAGCUUAGUUUUUAUUUUAUGCAUAAAAACCAUUGAAUUAAAAC